AGUAGCAGUGGUUUCCAAACAUGUGCUUCAGUGUAAAUAAUCUAUGCUAAUUUUUCUUCUCUGCCUGAUGUAGACAUGUGUGAAGAACCUGUUAACAAGGAUGGAAAAUAAGUUGGGUAUACCUAAUUGUUUAUUAUUUGGCCUGGAAGUUACAUGCUGGAGCAAAUGUAACUGCUCACAAAAUAUUUUUUUGCACUUCUAUGUGCAUUGUGGUUUAUUCAGUAGUGGGUAGGGCAGAGAAAGGUUAUAUUUAAAUAGUUUUUUUUAAGACUUUUCUCUAGUAAUAUAUUUAAGAAGACCUCUCUCUAGUAAUAUUAUAUUUAAGGUAAAUUCUCUCUAGUAAUGUGUUUAAAAGAGAUGCCUCUAGUAAUAUCGUACUAAUGCAGGACAUAAACGUAACCUCUAAUUUUUUCUCUGAACAAGUGUCAUAAUUUCUGAUAUGUGCUGAUGUACAUUUCUAGUGUUUUAUUUUUUUUAGAAGAGUUUUUAUCACAUAAAUAUUAAUUUCUGUACUCAUGCAUUUGGUGCGUAGUAUGGCACCUGUGAAUAUGGCAUCUCCCGUCUCCUCUUGUACCUAGAAGAAGGGCCAACGCGGAGUGAUGCCUCGCGACCAUUCUCGUACUGAAGAACUGAACUGCCGCUGAAGGUGUUGUACGAGUGCUGCGACACACCCCCUUCCCACCCCCUCUAGGGUUGGGGCGAUGCGGUCAGCUUGUAGCAUCUAUGGUAGAGUUGGUUGUUGCUUGUAUAUUGGGUCUAAUGGAGAUAUGUGAUUUUUUUUUUUAAAUGUUUGUUUCAAUAUUUGUGGUUGGUCUGUUAACAGGCAGUGAAUUUUAAACCAAGGCAGCAACUUUGAUAUACGUAAUGCUGUAAUCUCGGAUGUAGCCAGGAGGGGAAGGGGUCCCCUCCCUUCCAGGAUUAAAAAAAGAAUAUAAACGAAGAUAGGAUAUAAAAAAAAAUUCUAGCAAUUUUUAUGACAGUUUGCUUUAGAACAUACUAUUAAAGCCAAUUAAAUUAUCAGCCAAAUAUGAAAUGUUUAAAUCAAACCCACAAUAAAAUACUUGACCUCCCUCCUCCCUCCCCCUCCACAAGCUUCUGGCUGCGCCCCUGCUGAUGCAUUAGAGAAGCAUAAAGAGCAAUAUGCGAGUGUACUUGAAGGUUUCCCUGAUACAUUGACUGCAGCACUGGAACCUGUGUGUGGCAGUGAUUGUCACUGCUCCUGUGUUGGCGGAGAAGCAACAGGCAGGGUUGGGAAAAAACUGGUACUUCUUUUGAAGAAAAAAAAACAGGGUGCCUGCGAAGUAAUCGCACCCAGGCAAAGACACACGAAGCAAUUUAGUUGCCAGUUUCAACAUGGCUAACACGGAACUCUGGGUCUUAGCAGCCUUGGGAAACAUCCGGACAUUUAGGUCCCCACCACCUCCGGCCGGGAGUCUAAGUACGUCCAGUUCUGCAUGUGUCAUUUAGCAGAGAUGAUGGUUUGUUUAUCGGUACAUGCGAAGGAAUGUUUUAUGGAUUCAUUUGGUUGCAGAGUAGAGUUAAAAAAAUGUAUGAUAAUGCAUUGCACUGGUGAGUGAGUGAUAACUCUCUCAUAAGGCCCAUUAUUACUGUGAUUAUAAUAUUCAGCCAACAGUAGCUAAUUAUAUUAGCUAUUUAUAUCAGUAAUUAUAUUGUUACAUUUUAUUAGUAUUUUUAUAUGGAUGUAUCUUGUGGGAUAAUUCAACUGCAUGAUUGACUUUUGAAUUUUUGUGAUCAUAUUGGUAAAUUUUCUUCUUUUAUUAGUUAAAAUCGGUGAAGAAGCUUUCAAAACUAUUACAAAAGUUAUUUUGGUUCUCAGCAUGUUCAGAUGAAAGCUAUACAACAUCCCGCUUUCUCCCACUCAUGUUGGAACAAUAAUAGUUAUAACGUCAAAGAACUGAAUUCCAGCAAAUCUGCACAUCUGACUGUGACUUGACUACAGAAAGGGUAUUUACAGUACAGUCGUGGAUUGCCCACAAAUUUUUUUUCGUGGGGAAAUUUUUUCUAAUAAAUUUAAUUAUUUCCCUUUUUUUUUACAAUUAACUACAACUUAUUCAUACAAUUUAAUUAAGAUCUUGAUUAGUUUAUACUGUGUUUUAUUGCAUAAUUGUAACACUAUCAUUAAAAGUUGGGGGGGAAAGUUCUUGCAUAAAUUUUGCAUAAUGUUUUUGGUCCCGCUGUUAAAUUAAGAGCACUUUGUGUAGGUAGUUUUCCCAUAUAUAACGAUGGAUUUUAAAGUUGAAAUUUAAUAUUCAUUAAAUUUUACAGUUUGCUUAUUAAAUUAAAUACAAAGUUGUCUGAUGUGUAAAUUUUCUUUUAAAACCAUUUUUGUCGCCGCUGUGUACCACUUGAAGAAACGUAGCCAGUGCUAACUGGCAUCAUUCGUGUUUGGUUACGUUGCUGCCCAUAUGGAGCGCGCUCACGUAGUCUAAUAUCAAUAGCUUGCCGAUUGCAUGCAACGCGCGCACUGUCUAGUGCCUAGUUAACUACGGUAGAUAACCCCUUUGUUUCGUGGUGUGUGCUAUGAUGACAGUUAUGUAAGUUCCGGCUCACUGUUUUGGUUUUUCUAUUAAAGUUGAACAAAAAAAUUUUUUUGUAUGAUUUAUUAAUUUUAAUAUUUUGGUGUGCUUUUGAGUACUUUACUAUUUAAAUAGGUUUUGUUUUUAUGAAUAACUUUACCUAACAAAAAAAGUUUCUUUUUCUCGCAUAAAAGUUGCAUCCCUACUUUUUAAACUUGAUUUUAGUGUGAAAUGUGCGACAAUUAUGCGAUAAAACACAGUAAUUAUUUGUUUCCGUGAAUCACAAGAAACUUGAUGAGCAAACUUUUGUUAUUAUAGUGAAAUUAGACCUUUCAUUAAAAUUUAUAAAGAUAUUCUAUUUAAAAAUAUGUUUUUGAAAAAAAAAAUUUUUUAAAAGACUACUUGAUUUAAAGUAUGGUUUAAACCUUUGUUCAAACUAUCGUGGUUUAAAUCAGCCAACCCUGUCAGCAUGUUUUCUUGUACGUUGGCGAUCCCUUCUCCGCAAGUGUUGCAGGCUCCAGCAUUAUCCAUCCACUGCACUUUAAUAUCUAGAGAUUCCAAAGUGUUUUUGAAAACAAGGUUGUGGUUGAAAUGAAAUCCUCCUAAUGGCUGUUAGUUCACCAGUCAUGAAUAUGUACAUCGGAAUGUAGUACAAUGUACUGCAGAUAAUAUACAGCACAAGCGGUAUGUUCUGUAGUUAUGUAUGUUCAAUAAAGUUUUAGUAGGUUAGUUUUAUUUGUAUAUGUAAGUUAUAUAUAGUGUGACCAUGAAUUCUGAAGUAAGCCAAUUGUGGUUUUACAAUUAUAUUGUAUGUAUAUAUCAUCUUUAUCAGCCAGCAUGUGGCCAGGUUAGCAAAGUAAACUGCCUCACUGCACCAUUCCUCAUCCUUCACUUAAUUCCCGUGUUUAUAUAUGUAUAUGUAUAUAUAGUAUGUGUGUAUAUAUACACACACACAAUGUGCACAUACAAAAUAAUAACCAUUAAGAGACAGUUUUAACAUUGUAAUAGGCAAUAACAAACAGUUACUAUUUAAAUUGUGUUUUUUAUUUGCUUUGUGUGCAUGGUGCUAUAUAGAUAUGGGCAUAAAAUGCUUAGAAAAUAUGAGGGGUUUUCUUAUUAGUGUCCAUUGUAAUCAAUAUAUUGGUCUGUUGAAUUAAAAGCAUAUAAAUAAGGAUGUAAUUAUUAUUAAAAUAUUACAACUUUAGAUGCAUUUUGCAUACCUUGCAAAAGUUAAAUCAUGGCUACUAGUGAAAUUUUUAAUAAAUAUUAUUUCAGUUGCUUUUGUUUUCUGUUCAAUAGCACAUUUUCAAGCAUGUUGUAAUAGGUUGUAUCAGAAGUAUUAACACUUGCUAAGUGAUAAAACACUUUGAGUGUUGUUAUUACAGGGUAUUUAAAUCACUCCAUUGUACUUUGCAUGUAUGCUUUAUUUAAUUUGGAGCAAUUCACCUGUUAAAAUUACAUUUGGUGUUUAUAGAUGCUUAAUAUGUUAAUUUAAAAUGUCAUUUUAUAUAAGUACGUAGUGCUUUGUAUUUGCUUAUUUUAGUUUCUUUUAAUUUCUGUUUAGUCGUUUAAACACUUUGGCUAGAGCACAAAAAAAAUUUGUAGUUGCUACUGCAGUAAUGAAAUUCUCUAACACACGUGCCUUUGAUAAAGGCAGAUAAUAAUUUGGUUCUUUAUGUCGUCUCGUAAUAUGUAUGUAUACGUAUGUGUUUAAUGUUUAAUUAAAUGAUUCUGUUUCACUAAAUAGGGUGGAAAACAUUGCCUUAGUAUGGCUUAUUUACAGUAAUUUUACUUGCUAUUUUAAGAUGAUGUGAAAUUUUUUUAUUGGAUUGUUGAUUGUAAAUAACUGUGUAUAAAGGCUUUUUUUUUUCUUCCCUUUUUUUUUUAAAAUAAAUUGGAGAAUACCUAACUUUUUUGUUUUAAUUUUCCUGUCUUUUGAAAAAUGAUUGAAGUUCUGUGCCAUUUCAUAGGCCUUUUACAGAAGUUGUGUGCUGCUGCUAGCGAGGUACCCUCUGUUCGUGAGACAUCGUUGAGUUCUAGCAAAGGGUUGUCGUACACACACAACGCGAUCCUGCAGGAGACGUACGAGCGGCGCUGCACGCUGGGACGCGCCGAGCUGCUGGUGAUCUCGGCGCUGACCAAGGGCGCUGAUAAUGACGAGCUGGGCGCAGCCACGCACCUGGGCUGGCGCGCGCACUUCCCCACGCACCUGGACCUCACCAUACGGCGCGCCAAGACCAACACCCACUGCACCGACGUCAUCGUCGAGUCGUGGACCCCCUUCCCGCCGGAGCCGCCCCCUCGGCCGCAGAAGAAGCUCCUGUACGAGCGCGACAAGGACUACUUCGAGCCCUACAUGGACAACUUGCACUCGCCCAAGAAGGGGAUCGAGUCCGGCACGGCGCCGUCGGAAGAUUCCGCGCUCACGUUCGAGAAGACCACGUACUACUACGAACCGUACGUGGAGGAACUUCUGGACGUGAAAGUCGCGCCCGUCGAGGAGGAGGUCCCUGAAGGAGAAGGUGGAGACUUGCAGCCGAGUGGUGAGCUGGCCGACGGCGAGACCGGGGAGGCUGAGCUGGCCGACGGCGAGACCAGGGAGGCCGAGCCGGACCCGGACGCUGUAGACGUGAACAACAGAGAAAUACAGACGGCCAUUUCCUUGGGAGACAACCUGCUGUCGGAGUCCCUCGCUUCGAUGGACGACGAUUCAGUGACGGUGAUAGAAAAUGGUGACGAAGAUAACGCGACUACUGCCUCGGCUACGGAGGAAUCGGUAGCGGAUCGCGAACUUAUCAUUAAGACUGAUAUUUUGGACCCGAUGAUAAAAUCUGUCGGACUAGGUGGGAAGAGAAAGCGAGGACAAAUGGCAACGAAGGAAGAUUUACAAUUGUUUGAUGAACCCAGGGUUUACUACGAGCCAUACAUGAAUCGUUUAGCAAAAGAAACUGACGUGACGGUCAGCUUGUCAGACUGGGAUGACCAGCCUGAGCCAGAUAUAGCAGAAGAACCUACUCUGCCAAUGUGGGAUAAGGAUUUGAAGGUACCGCAGGAUGGCAUACCACAGCAAUUUGAUGAAGACUGGGAAUGGCUUGUUAAAAAUAACGAAUCUCUUUUUCUGGGGAAAGAUUAUGAAGCUGUGCUUGACAAAUUUAGCAUGGACCCUUGUGGCGAGUUUGGUUUUGUGUGCGGCCCAGUGCCUGAAAUCCGGAGUAUUACAUCAGCAAUAGCUCAGCGUUCUCCAGAGAUUAUGCACUUACUCCAAAAACUUGGACCAGUGAAGUCGAAGCGGUGGCUUGCCUCCAUUGGAAGGGAAUUAGCAUCUCGGACUUCCGACGAAGAAGUUGAUGUGAACGGACUUUUAACAGAGAUAUUCCCAGAAGUUAACGAAAGGACCAUUGCUGUUCAUUUGCCGGAACAGAGUUUGAAUGGCAAGACUUUGAUAUUACAGUUUGGUGAUAUGAAAGUUAUCAUGACUUGCAACGAAAAUUCUUCAAAUUCAUCUUCAGUUACCACAAAACUAAAGUUAAAUUUCUCCAAGCUUGUACAAGAUUCAAUUAUUAGGCACAAGAUAAAGACUGUUGUAAAGAAAUCUGGGUUGCGUACAGUUGUAGUUUUACGCUGUAAGAAAGUAUUUAUUAUAGCAGUUGGAGCAAACACCAUAGUAAAUAAAGGCUUGUAUUUAGAUCCAAGAGAGGUGCCUAGGAAGAUUGUUACUUACCAGUUGUUGAAAAAUGAAGAAGAGCAACAAGAAACUGAGCAACUUUUAGUACAAGGGGGAGCUCCCUUUUUCAUUACAGUUCCAGAAGAAAACGAAGGUGGUGUGUUCAAGAUGCAUGGAAAGUCAGUAGAAUUUGAGUACAACACAGCCAAGGAUAGCUGCGAGUCAACAAUGCUAGCAAUUGGAGGACGUGCUACCAAGCUCAGUAUACCUUUUGAAGAUGGUGUUCUUUCAUGCUCAGCAUCACUUCGUUACAGGGCUGUUGGAAAUGACAUCGAAGACACAGUUCAAAUAAUUGAUUAUGACUCUCAAAACCAAAUGGUAUUUUUUAAAGUAGUUGUGGGGGAUGAUAUUAAAGUCGUGUCUACUAAAAAUAUACCUCCUGAAGGACCCGACAUGAUAGUUAACCUACCAUUCACUCCAGGUGUGACAAAGUGUCGGAUUAUAGACUACGAAAGCGAUAUUGGCGAAACCAUUUUUGGAACUAAAGACAUAUCGUGUGAUGAGGGGUUUCAACUUGGACCUUUAUCAAGGAAUGGUCAAGUUGCGGACAUAAACAUGCAAGAUUUGCAUGAUCCCAGGGAACACUACAUAUUUUCUAUAGAUGGCGAGGAACAAUUGAGAUUCACAAGAACGUAUAUCGGCGGAGAGCCAGCAGUAAUAGUAAACAUCCUGGUUCCAGACAGAGACAAGCAUCUUCUAGGUCUAGAAGUUGUGCCAGACAAAUUAUUGUUCCUAGUCCUCACGAUGUUUCCACCGCAGUCGGAUCUUAGCUUUGACAUCCCGAUCACGCGGAGUGGGAUCUUCUUUCAAGGAUUGUUUUGUUGCGAAUGCAAGGAUGAACCUGAUAAAAAGCCUGAGGGGUCGUGUGACACUGCAUUUAAAUUGUCUUAUAAGGUUUUUGUUGGGGGGAAGGAGACACUUGCAUCAAGUGAAACUACGUUGAGAGAAGGCACACCAGUAGAUUUAGCCAUACCCAUUAACGAAUUUAGAAUGUCGAUGGACAAGUGUAACCAGCCAAAAAUUCAGCUGAAGUUAAUCACAGAGGGUGAUUGUAACGAGUUAUCUAAAGCGAUCGUAUCAGUCACACUCGGCAGUUCAUUAUUGCUGUUGCCUCUCAGGAAAGAUUCGUGCACCGAGCAGACCGAGCCAGAAGCUCCACCGCAAACGGAGAGCGAUCCACCUUUGGAGUCGUCCAAGUCGGAGCCCAUACAGCAGAACGGCUCUCUCGACAGCGAGGCCGAGUGCCAGCCUCCAGACGACGGACAAGCUCCCUGCGAGGCGGACAGGGACGAGGAGCCGUCGACGGGCACCAAGAUCUCCAUGUACACCAAGACGUGCUGCCGGCUGACCACCGGUCCGCGCUCCACCAGCGCCAUCGUCCAGGGGCAGUCGAACCAGAGGGUGGUGGGGUCCACGCUGGUCUGCUCCAAGACCACCACCAUAGUGCAGACCCCGCUCAGGCCUGGCCUCCAGGGGAGCGACGAGGCCUCGGCGCAGUGCGCUGUCGAGCCGGCGUCCCCCGGUGCCGAGAGCAGCGUGACGCCGGCUGAGGCGGAGGGCCCCGAUCUGGGCUCGCUGGAAAGCGGCGCGAGUCCUCAAGAAGAGGGCAAGCUGGAACCAACACCAGAGCAGGUGACCCCGAGCCCGCCGGCGGACACUGAUGUCCUCACGUGUCCUGGAGACGAGGCCCUUCAGGAGCCGGCGCCGGAGCAGCCGGUGGACACUGAUGUCCUCACGAGUCCUGGAGACGAGGUCCAGCAGGACGACCCCUCCAGCCCCGCUCCUCCAGAAGAGGCCCCCGAAGUGGCACAGGACGCCCCGGGACCUGGGGAGGAAUGCCCUGCUGGCGCCGACUCGCAGAUGUCGAGCGGCAGCACGGAGACGGUGCGCAUCGGGCACAAGAGGUGCACGCGCUACCACGUGCAGGUGAGCAGCACGACGGAGGCGCGCGCCUCGAGGAGGAGCCUGGGCGAGGACUGCCCGGGCGCCGACCACCCGCCGGAGCUGGCCGACCUGCUGUCCCUCUACAACCCGGAGCUGACGCCCAUGAUGUGCAUGCUGUGGCGCAUGCAGCGCGACAUCCGCUCGCUCGCGCGACGCAGCAGCAGCCGCCAGAGCAGCCGCUGCAGCGAGUCCGUGGCGGGCCGGCGCGAGUCAGUCACGCUGCCCAGCGACAGCUGCGUGACCGUGGAGGUGCUGUCCCGGUCGCCGUCCACCCGCCAGCCCUCGCCCGCCGCGGCCAGCCAGGCGUCGGACGACUCCCCCGGGUCUCCCCGCUGCUGAGCCUCGCUCGCCUGUCGUCUCCUGCGCAAUAAACAUGUACACCUUGUGACCCUGUGCCAACUUAUUGCCUUCAGGGGGAUCUGGGUAACAACCACGAUUUCUUUACAUCACUCCAGGUGAAUGUUGAUGAGACGGUGCUGUACAAUAAACCUUACCCCAUUG